AUGGCCGCCGUCACCAAGAAGAAGAAGGUCAUCAUCGACACCGACCCAGGGAUCGAUGACGCCAUGGCCAUCUUCGUCGCGCUGAGGUCGCCGGAGCUGGAGGUGGUGGGCCUCACCACCAUCUUCGGCAACGUCUACACCGCCCUCGCCACCCACAACGCGCUGCACCUCCUGGAGACCGCUGGGAGGACCGACAUCCCCGUCGCAGAGGGGUCCCAUGUAACAAUCAAGAAAGCCACCAAGCUGCGGAUUGCCAGCUUCGUCCAUGGUUCGGAUGGCCUCGGCAACCAGAACUUCCCUCCGCCGGCCGGCAAGGCGGUGGAGCAGUCCGCCGCCGCCUUCCUUGUUGAGCAGGCGAAUCUCUACCCCGGACAGGUCACCGUCGUUGCCCUCGGCCCCCUCACCAACCUUGCGCUGGCUGUCGAGCUUGACCCUUCUUUCCCCAAGAAGAUUGGGCAGAUUAUUAUCCUGGGUGGCGCAUAUUCAGUUAAUGGAAAUGUGAACCCUGCAGCCGAGGCAAAUAUAUUUGGUGAUCCUGAUGCGGCUGAUAUAGUUUUUACCUGCGGCGCGGAUAUUUUGGCCAUCGGAAUUAACAUCACGCACCAAGUACUCCUUUCUGAUGUUGACCGGAAGAAGCUUGAAGAGUCCGAUAGCAAAUAUGCUCGCUACUUGAGCAAUAUACUGGGUUAUUAUUAUGAUUAUCACUUGGAUGCCUACUCCAUAACAGGAGUAUAUCUUCAUGAUCCGACAACUCUUCUUGCCGCCGUAGAUCCAUCGCUGAUGACUUACACGGAAGGAGUGGUGAGGGUUCAGACGGAUGGAAUCACAAAGGGUCUCACCGUUUUCGACAAUACCAAGAAAACGUAUGGGGAGAUAACAGCGUGGUGUGGUAAGCCGACUGUGAAGGUUGCUGUCACGGUCGAUGCCCCCGCUGUCGUGGAGCUCAUUAUGCAGAGGCUUCUCACGGACGACUGA